CUGACAGCUGUAUUUUUAAUUAUUAGAAUUACUUUUGCUUUUUCUCUAAAUGCAGCUCCACACAUUAUGAGGGUGACUUGAGGAUACAAGAAGAAGAUCAGUGAUGUGCGGAGGACCGCCUCUGUGUGAGUGUGUGUGUGUGUGUGUGUGUGUGGCUGAUACUUGGCAAGUAGGGAGUUUUUUAAGUAGUGCCAUAAUGACACUGUACCAAUGUGGUAAGAGAAUAACACUAUUCCACUCUCAGGGUGAUGAGUAGGUCUGUCUGUACAACGCCUGCACAAAGGAAUUAUGUCCUGCUUGCUUUUUAAUUUCAUUUUUCUAUUUUGGAGCCAGGCCAUUAUUAUAAUACUCCCAGAACAAACCCAGGAAGUUGUUUGGAUGCACACACUCACACACACACACACACACACUCACUAAUCAUCACCGCAUCACACAGCGGAGGGAGCCAAACUGUGGUCAACAACAUAAAUGAGACACACUGAGUCACUUUUGCGUAAUUUACCUCGCGUGGACGGAGCUGACGGGUUCUUGAUUGUGUUCGGUGCUCGAGGUCAGAGCGAGCUGAGCGGCGCGCGGCGCAACAGAUGCCGCACCGAGAAAUAAUCCUUUAAUACCCUCAGGAGGACUCAGGAGAGGGUAACUAUACACUCAACUCACAAUGCUGACUUAAGUGAAACCCCACCUCACGCAACUCACCCGUGUUGUCUCCGGAGGUGUCCUCCUGCGCGUCGGAGUUUCUUUUGGGAAAUAUUAUUUCACCUUUUACGCACAAGACGGCGCGUAAAGAAGGGUGUUUUUGCUGCGUUUAACGGCAUCCUCGGACACAUACACCUGUUUGUUUCAGAGGUGAACUCAGUCCCGUGGAAUAUACCUGUCCAUGUCUCAUUUACUGGAUCUAGUUGAACGAUAAGCUGAUCUGGUCGCUACAAACGUGGGAUAAUAACACUAGUGGACCGCUUAAACCACCAUGCCACCCAAGAAAAAGGGAGAACGUCAGGACACGGAUGUCGUCGAGGAGAGAAACGCCCAGGUGCAGCUGGAGAAGGCCAAGUACAAGCCUGUGGCAUUCGCAGUACGUUGCAACUUCUCUUACACGCCAGCAGACGACGACAACGUUCCCGUACCAGGCCAGGCCGUCACCUUUGAGGCCAGAGACUUCCUCCAUGUCAAAGAGAAGUUUAACAAUGAGUGGUGGAUCGGUCGGCCGGUGAAGGAGGAUGGCGUGGUGGGCUUCGUCCCCAGUCCAGUCAACCUGGAAACCAUUCUCAUCAGAAGAGAAGUCCAGGCGAGGAAAGCUGCCAAGGCCUUAGCCAACAAAGCUCAAGUAGCUCAAGAUAUGAAUUCAAAGAAAUAUACUCCUCCAUCACAAGCCAAUCAGCAGGUGAAAAAGAAACCGGGGGAGCAGGUGGCUAUGUAUGAUGUAGUGCCUACAAUGCGUCCUGUGGUUCUAAUGGGACCAUCACUGAAGGGCUUAGAGGUUACAGAUAUGAUGCAAAAAGCACUAUUUGACUUUUUAAAACAUCGAUUUGAAGGCAGAAUUACUAUUACACGGGUCACAGCAGACAUCUCUCUGGCUAAACGCUCCAUCCUCAACAACCCCGGCAAGAAGGCCUUAAUGGACCGGUCGAACACCCGCUCCAAUUUAGAUGCUGCCGCCCAGAUCCAGGGUGAGGUGGAGCGCAUCUUUGAGCUCGCCCGCAGCCUGCAGCUGGUGGUUCUCGAUGCAGACACAAUCAACCACCCGCUCCAGGUGUCCAAGACCUCCCUGGCACCGAUCCUUGUCUAUGUCAAGAUCUCCUCACCAAAGGUGUUGACAAGGCUGAUCAAAACUAGAGGGAAGUCACAGACGAAGCAUCUCAACGUUCAGCUGGUGGCAGCAGACAAGCUCGCCCAGUGCCCGCCGGAAUGGUUUGACGUCAUCUUAGAUGAGAACCAGCUAACUGACGCCUGUGAGCACCUUGCUGAUUAUCUGGAGUCUUACUGGAGAGCCACUCAUCCACCAGAGAUGGAGCCUGCCAACGCACUGGUGGCCCAGCUGGCCGGGAAUACACUGCCCACCAAUCCUUCAGCAAUACCGGAUGGGCAGAAAAACAAGAAGUCAGCUGCCCCCAAGAGAAAGGGUUCCCGGGAGAACCAUCUAGACCAGGAGCAACCUUCAGCCCCAGCGCAGGAGCAGAGGGCCGAGGAGGGCCAUAGGGAGGAGGAAGAGCGGCUCCUGAGGACUGAACCAAAGAGACCCCAGCACAGCCACCACCACCAUCACCACCACCACCACCGCCGGACGGAGCAUCACAGCCACGCCCAGCACAACCAAUCAUCCGGUGGCAUGGAGGUACGGUCGAGCAGGGAUUAUAGCCACAGGCUUCCCCGCAGGCACCUGCCUGAGGAGAGGGAGGAGGAGGUGGAGGAUGUGGUGGAGGAGGAUGAGGAGGAGGCGCGCUAUAACCACCGAGGCCAUAACCACCACCAUCAUAACAGCAACCACCAUCAUCACCACCACCAACAACAACAUCACCGUGGGAACAGCCAGCCACAUGUCGGGGAAGACUAUGAGCAGGAGCACAAUGAACGCAACCGCCAGCACAGGCAUCACCAGCAUAUUCCACCACGGACACACCACACGGAUCACUAUCCUGCACACAAUCAUCACAACUACCAUGGCAGAGACAGGGACAGAGACAGGGACAGGGACAAGGACAGAGACAGGGACAGAGAUAGGGAUAGAGAUAGAGAAAGACACAAGGACAGGGAAAGAGACAGAGAUAGAGACAGAGAUAGGGAUCGAGGUAGAGGAAGAGAUGCACGCCAGUGGCACAGGGAUUCCUAUAUACACUAGUGACUGUUGUCUCUUCUGUGGGUUGGUGCAUGGUUAUAUGCUGCUCAAGUUAUAAUGCACUAAUGGACGGGCAGGAUGUGUCAUUUUUGUAGACAAUGGGCCCCAUGCAGGAAGCGAUGUAAGAAGAAAUGUCCUUUUAAUUUUGUUUUUGCCCAGUUUGUUCUUAUUUUGUUCGUACCCAUUGAUUUCCGGGAUGCACCAAUGUAUUCUUACUUUUGCUCUUCUCUUAAGGCCCAGACAAACCAAGCCGACAUCAAAGAAGGGAAAUUGGGAUAUACAAGCCGUUGUUCUGAUACGUACAUGAAACAAAGCAGUGUUUGCAGACCAUUUUCACACCAUUCUCACUCACCACUUAGCCUCAUUUCAGAUGGCCAUGUAGUUGUGAAAAUAUCCGUGUAUUGGAAUGAUCAGAUGAGAUGAAGAGGAAAAAUGAGAAGAGCCUUCUGCGUGUGUCCUCUUUACUCGUUGGCUUGCUUUCCUCACUUCCGUUUUUCUCCUCGUGCACUGAUUCGCCUAAACUGAACAGCCAAUCAUAGGGAUUUCUCUAGUCCGACAGAUACUCACCGACGGCCCAAAACUGUCCGACGGCCAACCGACGGCUUGGUGCGUCUGGGCCUUUAGGUAUGAGAAUAUUUAACGAAAAGUCGAGAGCACUCUUACCAAGAUAAGAAAAAACAUAUUGUUCUCACAGUCCACAAAUUGUUUGUCCAACACAAGGAAACACGUUUUAUACUUGAGGUAAAAACGCAUGAAUAUCAUAUUAUCAAAUUUAGAUUAUUAUAUGUUAGAGUGAUUAUAAUGAUUGGAUUAUUAAAUGUGUGGGCUAAAUAAAUACUAUUGCUCCAUUGAUCCCAAUUAAGACUAUAAAAACCCUCGGAUGAUAUUGAGUGGCUUACAUACUGCUCUUUGUGUAAGUUUAUUGAACAGUACCUCAGUUUCACUACUGCUGAACUUCUUCUUCUUACAGCAUUGUUUUAGAGGCAUCCCUCCCAUUCUUGGGCAUGUGCCAAAGUAUUUGCACACGGCACAACAGCUGCCCUUCUAUAGUGUUUAGGAGGCAUUACCUAUGCUAAUAAAAUCGGCAACACGCCUCUAAUUUAUGAUCAAGUGGGAUUCAUCAUUCAGCACACCUGGGUAAGAGCAGAUUUGGAUGGUUAAGUAAGUUUGGUGCAUCUGGAGUUGACUUAUCUUAUUUUUUCUCUUACCAGAAAAUUAAGACAAAAUAUAAGAUACAUUUUAGAGAAUGUUGCUGCAUGAGGCCCAGUAUUUCUCCUCAUAUUGUGACAUUUUUUAUUUUUACCCCCUGCCACUCACACACACUUUGACCUUCUUUCUUGUUCUUUACCAAAAUGAACAUUAUCACUUGGUUUUUGUCUUAUUGUCUUAUUUUCACCUACUUCAUAUGGCUCCAUCUUUGUGUAUUUUUGCACAAACAUUAGUCAAGGUAAAUGCAACGGUGUGCUCAUGCAGCAUGUGUUCUACAGUUUUUGAUAUUGCAGUGGUCACGUAAAAUGUACGGAAGUCAAGAACAGUCGAGGUUGCAAUCAUUUUAUUUUAUCCUUUAUCUGAAGUUACUUGUCUUGUUAUCUCAGAUUUGUUUUAUUGUGAUAACAGAAUAAUUACACAGUUUAUUGGGUACUACGAGCUAAAACUAAAGCAGCCUAACAGUCCUGCUAUAAAUUCUACAUUCCUGAAGGUUAUAAUGUUUAUUGAAACUAUUUAAAGAGACGUGUUGAUUCAACUUUUAUGAUCAUUUUGGAGGAUGUAGUUUGUGAAGCUAUUGAAUUGUAUUUAUUAUGCUGACAGGUUUUUCUCUUAUUUAGUCGACCCUCAUUGAUAUAAAUGGGAUGGACAAAAUUCAGUUCAACAGCAUCAAAAACGACAUCCUCCAGAAUGACCAUACAGAUGAAUCAGCACGUCUCUAAAACACUUUCAAUAAAAACUGAACAUUAUAACCUUCAUAACGGUAGGAUUUUUUGCGGGAUUGUUGUAUUAAGGCCUUAUGCACACCCACCGGGUGUGUGAUGAAUAAACAACGUGAAAAUGCUAAAUACUUGCCUGCGAAUAUAAUAUGUCUAGGGCUUUUAUUGUGAAAGGUAAGAAAAGAAGGGGUAGAUCUGGUCUGCGCUGCUUUUGUCAAGGU